AUGAAAAUCCGCAACUACAUCUUCGGCAAAGUAACAGAUCCGUAUAGCCACAUCGAGAAGAUAAAGGGACUGUUCGAAUUACCGGUGGGAAAGAUUAAGGGCAAAUGGGGGGCCACAAAAUUUGUGCAGAAUUGUGUGCGUCGGUAUGAUGAGGAAAUAGCCAAAAAGUGUUACAAAAUAAAAUAUGACGUCCAUGCAUCGCUGCGGGAGGACUUCCUCUCGUCCGAGGGGAACACCAAUGAGGAGCUGCUCUUCAGUAACAGGUACAUUUACUUCGAACAUAGUACUGAGAAGAAUCUACUAGUGUGUAGGAAAAAAAUUAAAAGGAAAUUUGGGACGAAUAGCUAUUUUCAUAAUAUUAACAAGUCGUUGGAUGAAUUGAAGAGGGAAGGUUACAUCUCCAGGGAGACCUCCGAAAUUGUGGCCAUCCUGCCAACCAAUUGUUCGAUAAAAUCCUUUUGCACUAAAGGGAAUCGCUUCUUUGCGUUUGUUGUGGAGCGUAGUGAUUGCUAUGUCAAUUGGGGUUAUGUCUUUCGGGGGACUUGGCUCGUUAGGGACGCCAACAUCGACCAUCUCACGUAUGCAGGUUCCCCAAGGGAGGGUCCUUCCCCUCGGGGAUGUGGCAGACGAGGUUCAUUUAGGGGGAGACCUCCGGAAGGGGGUCGAUCGGGGGGAGUACGGAGGCUUCCCCGCAAAGGUGCUCAUCACUCGAAUCACCCCCGUUGUCACCUCAUCUACCAACGCGAGGGCGUGCAGAACAUCGCAUUUCUGCAGACGAGACCCUCCACGGAUUAUUGGGCUGCCCAUGUUGGCCCACCCGACUUCCUCACAACCGAACUAGAUGAGAAGCACCGGUGCAGCCGCCUAUUCCUUAACUCGUGUAGUUGCACCCAUCAUACGAAGCAGCUCCUCUUUUUCGAAGCAAAUGAGAAAAACUUUUUAAAUAUAUACCUAAGUAAAGACAUGAAAAGGAUUUUCCUACUUAGCGGAAAUCACCAUACGAAUAAUCUCUUCCUCAUUCAGUGCAAAGACAAGUUAAGGAAAGGGACUCCCCAUUAUGAGUUAAGGUUAAUUAAACUGGUAGGAAGGGCACUUCUACGGGGGAAAUACUUCCUAGAGCACUUUCGCCACCAUGUCGUCCUUAUAAGAAAGGGGAACGAUAAAACAGAAGUGUAUACCCUCCAUUGUGAUGCGUUGCAUCUUAAUGCUGGACAAAUGGGACGAGUUAAAAAACGCGGAAAAGAAAAAAUCUUUUUGCCCACCCACUCGGUUCAUAUAACGAAGGAGGAAGUACCCAUAGAUAGCCGCUUACGGAAAAUAAUAAUUCUACAGAAUUGUGUACUUCACGAUUUUGACAUGAACAAGUAUGGUCUUGUCCUCUACACUUAUCGGUAUUUUUUGAAGCCCUUUUUAUGCGUCUUAUAUUUAUUUGUGAAACGGAGGGGGAAGUACUCCCCCAUGACGUGUACCCCCAAUCAGUGUGUGCACCCCCAAGGAGGAAUUGCCCAAUGGAAGGAAAACAUAAAGGAGGAGAACCGUUUGGUGGCCAAAAUGAAGGUCUUCUCUGUGCCCAUCACGAAGGGGAGUAUACAGUGCGGAUUGAACAACCUUUUCCAAAGUUACCUCAUAAGUGUAUACAUCUGCAACCCGUUUGUGGGUAGCACCAGGGUGGUGAUCGACCUGAGAAGGGGGGUGGUAGCCCUUCCUAGGAACGUCCAAAGGGGUGAAGCACCCAACAAAGGGGCAAAGAAGGCAGUAAAUGCAUCCUUCUUCCGAGCGAAGAACAACAUCCUCUACGACCUCCAGCUGGAGCACAUAUUUGCAAAAAAUAAAAAGUACAAAAUUAAGGACCUCUUCAUUCACACCGAGGAGGGGAGGGAGUUACCAAUCACGCUGAUAUAUAGAUACGAAAAUAAUGACAACCUGUGUGACAUCGAAAAGGAAUCCUACAAAAGUUUUUCCCAACAUGUGGAAGAGGAGUAUUCCUCCGUCAUUGUGACCGUUACGUCCAUGCAAUAUUUGUGUGUGCAUUUUUCUUCACCACCAAAAUGGAGCAUAGACGUAGGGAUACAAGUGGAAGACCAUCUCCCUCUGUUCAUUAAGCCAAGCAGAACCAUCAUCAACGUCUACCCCUUCUACCGACAACUGAACAUUUGCAACUACUCGGAUGAGUCCCACUUUUACCUUCUGAAUAAUUUCAUUGUAGUUUAUUUUCACCUGACCGGUUCAGGCGGAUUAUUACAAGGAGGGAAAAGAAAACCACUGUAUAGAAGCGCCACGCUUGAAAAGGUAAGAACCGUGAGGGACCUCACAGAUUCUAUUAACUGCUUGAAAUAUUUGAACAUCACUGACACGGAAAGCAUGUCUAUCUAUUUGCACUCCAACAGUGGCCUCCUCGGGGGGUUCCUCCUAAAUGGGCAGAGAAAGUUUCUCCAAAAUGUCAUUUUAAUUAACCCCAUGAUGGACUUUUUUAAUAAUCUCACCGAUGGGGAGAAGCCGCACGUAUACUCGGAGAGACUCGAGUUUGGUCGCAUCGACCCGGAGGCGGUUCUGCUGAGGGGGGGACGAGGCACCCCAACAACGAGGCCACCAAAACGGGGAAGAAAAGGAACCCCUCAGAUGUGUGCAGGUACACACAAUCAACCGAACAGGGGGAAGAGCCGAAGAUUUAUCCCCUUCCCAAAUAGUGGCACAUGGCAGAGCAAACCGAAGAUCAGCAUCACACGGGCGUGCCAAGACAACCUGCUGCUUCUUCACGCACUGUGCCCAUACAACAACAUAGAGCCAACCUACAGCGAAGUAUUUUCCGCCACAGAUGUAUCCGAUCGGAAGAUCCCAUUCAAACUUAGCCUAACCAACCAGACAGACAAUCUGUUCACAAGUUCUGUUCUCCUCUACCUAAACAAGUACGACAUGAUCUGUCCAAAUGUUAACUCGGUGAAAUAUUUCGUAAAAUACACGCACUAUCGGAGGGUGCAUGUGAGGUUCUGUUACUACUCUUUUGGCUCUGAUUGUUUGGGAGGCACAGUCAACUUCCUCAAUUUCCACAGUGGGGACGGUACGGAAACGAAGCAGAAGAAGCCUUUGUAUAUUUCCUUCUGCGAACACGGGGGGCAUGGCGGGUUCUCCGACUACCACUCACUCUUGCACCGGACGCUGGGCCGCAUCCACUUUCACCUCGUCGGGCAGCCAAGCGGCGGGGAAGUUUCCAUGAAGAAAUGGCCAAUGAGUGAUUAG